AUGCCUGUGUGUAAAAACUGUAAGAAAACGGAGUUCGUGCGCGAUCUUUCGAACGCAAACAAUGAUUUGGUGUGCCAGAACUGUGGGGUUGUUUCUGAGGAUAACCCGAUUGUGUCCGAGGUGACGUUUGGGGAGACCAGUUCUGGGGCCGCGAUGGUGCAAGGGUCCUUCAUAUCUGCCGGGCAGUCGCACGCGUCGUUCAUGUCGCACGGCGGGUCCAGCGCGCUGGACUCGCGCGAGGCGACUCUGAACAACGCGCGGCGGAAACUCCGCGCCGUGUCGCAUGCGCUCUCGAUCCCGGAUUACAUCACAGACGCGGCGUUCCAGUGGUACAAGCUUGCGCUGUCGUACAACUUCGUGCAGGGUCGGCGGUCGCAGAACGUGAUAGCCGCGUGUCUGUACGUCGCUUGCAGGAAGGAGAAGACGCAUCACAUGCUCAUUGAUUUCUCGUCCCGGUUACAAGUCAGCGUCUACUCUAUAGGGGCCACUUUCUUGAAGAUGGUCAAGCGGUUGCAUAUCACGAAACUGCCCAUGGCAGAUCCAUCGUUGUUCAUCCAGCAUUUCGCGGAGAAGUUGGACCUUGGAGACAAAAAGAUUAAAGUCGUCAAGGAUGCGGUCAAACUCGCUCAAAGGAUGUCCGACGAUUGGAUGUUUGAGGGGAGGCGCCCUGCGGGGAUCGCAGGUGCAUGUGUUUUACUAGCUUGUAGGAUGAACAACCUGCGGAGGACGCACACGGAGAUCGUGUCCGUUUCGCAUGUAGCAGAGGAUACUUUACAAGAACGGUUAAACGAGUUUAAGGCGACUGGUGCAGGUAAGCUGUCCGUCAAAGAAUUUAGAGAGGAUCCAGCGACAGCGGACCAAGCUGCCAGACCACCGUCGUUUGCCAGGAACCGUAAGAACGAGAAGAAAAUCAAGGAGGCGAUCAGGCAGAACGAACUGACAGAGACGAGCGAGGAGGCACUGAAGAGGGACCCCAUCUUGUCCCAAGUGAUGAGCGCUCAAGAGUUAUCCUCUCGAGAGGUUCUAUUCUAUUUGAACGAGUUCUCAAAGAAGAGGGAGAAAGUGUUUAAAAGAAUAAAGGCCACUCAUGGGAUUGACGAUGAGGAUAUCCACAGAGCGGAGGUAGAGACGAAGAAGAGGAAAGAGGAGGAAAAGGGCGGGGGUGCAGACAAGAAUACCGGUGAUGAGAGCGACAAAUCAGACCAAGACGCGGACGCAGGGCCACAACUCCGCAGAAGUAAAAGGAUCAAUAAGAAGAAGAUCAUGGAGAUGGUGCAACUCAAAGUGCAAACUGAAAAGUACGAGAAUGAGUUGUCCUCUGAUUCAGAAUCGUCCUCGGAAGAGGAGAACGAGCGGGAGGGGGACGUGACGUCACACGGCAAAUUCCAGGAUUCCAUUGACGGUUACUCGCUAGAGAAGGACCCAUACAGGCCGCUAAAUCUCCAUUUGCUUCCCAAGACCAACGAUUUCUUAGGGAAGAUCAAGGAUGACGAGGAGGAUUUGGCCGAUGUGGACGACGAGGAAAUUGAGACGCUGCUUCUAGACGAGGAGGCUGCGUCCCUCAAGGAGAGGAUAUGGGUUGGUAUCAACGAGGAGUACUUGCUCGAACAGGAGGAGAAACGGUUGAAGGAAGAGGCGGACAUGAUCGCGGGGAACACGUCGACGAAGCGGAAGCGCAAUGGCACGAAGGGCCGGAAGCGGAAACUCGUGAAGAUCGAGGUGGACACGACGAGCUCUGUCGGGGCAAUGGACGCGCUGAUCCGGAAGUCCGAGAUGCAAGAGGCGCUGAAGCUUGCUGAGGAGAGCGGAGACGCCACUGCCGCUGACAGUGUCAAGAACAUGUUGCAAAAGGCGAGUUUCUCGAAGAAGAUCAACUACAAUGCGAUCGAUAACCUCUUCAAGAGGUGA